GAAGCCCAUCAGCUAUCAAGACUCAUCCACCCAUCCGAUCUUGCUCCAUCCUCCUGGCCGCCUCUAGGCCAUAGCCGAUGCAAAAAACACGUCAUCGCUUCAUUCGAUACCUGUCAAACGCUGUCCCCAACAACACUUCGAUCAGGCAAUCAUGGCCCCAGUCGACCAUGCUGGCACGCUUCUGGUUGCCUUGGUUGCGACAGCCGUCAUAGCCCAAAACACCACUGUGUCUAAUGGGUUACAGGACGCAGUAGGAUGGGUGAACAAUCCAUCACAAAGGGGGACACUAAUGCUCCUCCUUGAGUGUCUAACGACUAUCUUUGCUUGUACCUGGACUGUCCUACAUCUCAAUUUCCCUAUCCCUGCGGACUCGAAAUGGACUCGGUUUCUGCGGAAAGUCAAGUGGAUGUUCAUUACCAUCCUCUUCCCCGAGUUCAUCUUUGCCAAAGGUAUAUGCGAGUUUUGCUUCGCGCUUCAUAUACUUCAUCUGAUGGCUGAGAUGAUGGAGAGUCACCCAGAAUGGUUUGAGUCGAGUUCAACCUAUACGUCUCCAAAGUUACAUGAACACAUAGUUACCAGGAGAUGGAAAGCCGCCUACAGCCCGUGGAUGCAACUACUACAUAAGUGGGUUGUUCUGACCCUUUGGCCUCCAAACAUCGCGGAAAAUAACGCAGAGGAAGACAAUAACAAUGAUCCACCGGCAAGGAGAUCUUCAACCUCGAGUACAACCAGAGCAGGAGUUUCAAUACUCCAAGGCUCCCCCGAAUAUGAAGAAAUCCAAUAUUGGACCAUCAACCACGCUUACUACGCCAACAUGGGGGGACUAAGAGGGUUGAGGUUCACGACGAAUGAUGCCUUGGAAUAUUCGAUCUUACGAGGCGAUCAUCUCGCCACUUGGGAUUUGCGCAAAUGGCGGCAAGGCCAUCCGCUCCAGGAGCUUCGACUCUCGGCGGCCGAAAUUGAUGACAAAAUGUCACCCCUCAUUCCACUGGCCUUCACCUAUUUUUUGAGUCGUCUCGGCACCCGUCGUCUCUCCCGUCACCAGAUUGAAGCCAGGAAAGAGACUUUGACCAAGCUUUCGUCGCUUCAAAGGCUGCCUGACGCUUGGGUACAGCUUUUGCAUUUCAAUAUCGACGACCCAAGUUUGAGACCUGUAUUCGGAGAGGACAAGUACGAAGACACGCGAAGAAAGAUAACCGAACACGUGACGAGCUUGCUGGAAUUCAGGACUCUCCUGUCAAACUUGGAAGACGAGAAAAAUCGUCAGGUAAAUCUGCUGGAAAAUAUCUGGAAUUGUAUGUUGCAGCUCAAAGACACCUAUGAGUCCCUGGACGGGAAAACAUGGCACCAAUACGAAGAGCAGGUCACACUCGUUGCCCGAACGAUGGGGAUCCCAGGCUUGGAAAACCACGAACCUAGGGUUCUCAAGACACUCCACGAGUGUUUCCUAGAGGUGUCUCUCGACAAAUGGAGUCACCGCAGCCAAUACCAGAGGUCGAAAAGGCGUCUUGAGUCGGGAAUUGGCAGAUAUGCGAGAUAUAUCAACAUCUUUUUCGGCACCAUCUACGCGAUCUCUCGAGUCGCCCUGGUGGUUCUCAUGUUCUCCAGUCUCCGUGAGGUGCCAAAGGGCGUUUAUGAGGUCGCCGGUUGGACCCGGUUCCUGCCGAGCUUUUCGUGA